GAGCCGUAUAGCGGAGCUACCGAGAGGCAGAAGCCGAAAGCAAGUGAGCUGAGCGCAGGGGGACGGACGCGACGAUGGUGGUGGUGGCGACGGCGAGCCCCGGCGGGCCGGAGGCGCUGCAGGUGCGCGAGGUCGAGGACCUCCCGGCGCCGGGGGAGGGCGAGGUGCUUGUCGGGGUGGCCGCCGCCGGCGUCAAUCGUGGCGACACGGUCCAGUGGCAGGGCCGGUACCCGCCGGCGGCCGGCGCCUCGCCCUACCCGGGCGGUUAAUUGUUGUGGUACCUGUUGUUUUGCCUAGUACUAUUUGAGAUGGAGCAGGAGUACAUCAGCACGCUGGUACUAUUUGAGAUGAAGCUGGAGUACCACAGUUUGGAUUGCUAGCAGCAAAAGCUGUGUGCUAAAAUUAGAAGACCAAGAAGACACUAUAUCGAUAUUUAGCCUUCUCAGCGGUGCUUGUUGCAGUUUACUUGACACUAGCAACCAUCCACACGCUGGAUGAUGAUCUGGUGGUAGAAAGCUUGACGGAAGAGGAAGAGAAAAAUGCUUUGAAUGCAUAUAUGGUGUAAGCAGCACACCUUCUUUGCUCCUUCUUUGGUGGCAUAAGGCAACUAUGUUUCCUCACACUUAUCUGAAUAUAUCAGUGGUACAUUAUAUGCAAUAUUGGACCAGAUUGCAUAUACAGUGAUGUUUCUCUGACGGGCAAGCUUCAGAGUUUCAGUUCCUACUUGCCAGUUUCAUCAACGGAGCAACUCAAAGACCAUAAUUCUGGGAGUCUUGCAUUCAUUACUUCGAUUCUGCAGAACCAUGACAGUCAACCGUCAGUUUUGCUGUUGGAAUUCAGAACUUAGCUGUUGCAUCCAAAACAUAUAUCAGUAAUGGAAGCACAUGUCUUGCUGUCCUCAAGGAGCUGCACAGUUCUUCAUAGAGACAAUCUAUCCGAAAAGGCUAUUCACUGAUGCGUGCACUGGCUUCCCAGUGACUGCACAUCUCCGUGGUUCCGUUUCACAAGGCUAACAAUUUUUACCAAGUAGAGUACUGCUAAGUUUCAUUUUGUUCCAAACAGUGUGCCAAUUCACAUGGACCAAGCUUAUAUGUGGUACUUCCAACCCACAAACUAAACAGAUUUCUUAGUUCAGAUCAUACUUUUAUGUAGGAAAAGGCUAGCACGGCUCUUAAGAACCCUAACCAAUGCUGCUUUGGUUUUACAACUUUCAUUGCUUCUAACAUCCAAAUCAAAUUGUUGUUACACACAUGUUUGCUGUAUAGAUGCACUAAAAAAAAUUCCUAAAUUUACUUUCUUGUAGAAUUGCAUUUUUCUGGUUGUAAAAAUAGGAUGAGCAGCAACUUUCUUGUCAACAUGAUGGCCUCCUGAAAAUAAUUUAGACCCGUCCAUCACUUAUUUAUGAACUACUUUUCAGUGUCUUCUAUCGAUGAUAAGUGAGCUACUUUUUCCUUAGAGAUCGCCUUCCCAUUGACACUAACUUGUAUAGCACACAGUUUCCCUUCCCAAUGCACUCGUAAUGCAUAGAUAGUCCCUCCUAAUCAUCUUGUGUUCGUUUUCUGUCAAGAUUCAGAUCGAAUUUCUGACAUCAGAGACACGUAUUCUGUUAAUCAGGUGCUGAAGAAAAAAUCAAUCCUCUCCACUUGAAGGUAGGUGAUGCACACAGAUUUCUUCUUACCUUGCAAGCGCCGUUGGAUGAAGACAGUAGGCAUGAUCAUGGACAAACGCAUGCCGUCUUGCUGUCCCUCCUCGGCUUGCCUCGAUCUUGCAGGAGAGGACAUUGUUUAUUUGCGUAGGACUGUCGGGGGAUAAUUGGAUCGAGUAGGAGUUGUUACGUGGAAGAGGAGUAGCUAGCUGGGCGAUCCUUUGGCUAGGUGAUGAGGAAGAAAUUGACACGGCCGGCCGUUGUAUGGGAGCACGGCCAGAGAUGGACUUCGAUAAGGUCUGCACCCAAAUCAGAAAGUUUGGCCACCCUUAACAAUAUCCUCAUCGGACAUAACUUGGGGAAGGCGAAGGCGUACCCCCUACUAUAUAAGCUCCGCCACCCACGCCCCAAACAAAUCACAACCAACCUUCCAAGUCGUUUGUUCCCCCGAGCAAUCGAGUUGUGUUCCCGGCGAUCGAUCGAUCUUGCUGAGCAUCAUGGUUUCCGCCGACGUGGCCCGCAACAUCGUGGGCAUCAUUGGCAAUGUCAUCUCCUUCGGCCUCUUCCUCUCCCCUGUGCCGACGUUCUGGCGUAUCUACAAGGCCAAGGACGUGGAGGAGUUCAAGCCGGACCCCUACCUGGCGACGCUCAUGAACUGCCUGCUCUGGUUCUUCUACGGGCUCCCUGUCGUCCACCCCAACAGCACCCUCGUCCUCACCAUCAACGGCAUCGGCCUCGUCAUCGAGGGCGCCUACAUCAUCAUGUUCAUCAUCUACGCGGCCAAGAACACAAGGUGGAAGAUGCUCGGCGUGCUCGCCAUCGAGGCGGCGUUCAUGGCUGCCGUGGUGGCCGGUGUGCUCGUCGGCGCCCACACCCACGAGAAGCGCUCCAUGAUCGUAGGCAUCCUCUGCGUCAUCUUCGGCUCCAUCAUGUACGCCUCCCCGCUCACCAUCAUGGGUAAAGUGAUCAGGACCAAGAGUGUGGAGUACAUGCCAUUCUUCCUGUCGCUGGUAAACUUCCUCAACGGUCUCUGCUGGACGGGCUAUGCGCUCAUCAAGUUUGACAUCUACAUCACGAUCCCCAAUGCCCUUGGUACAAUCUUCGGCCUCGUCCAGCUGAUCCUCUACGGGUACUACUACAGAUCGACCCCCAAGAAGGGCAAGAACGUCGAACUGCCCACCAUCCUCACCAAAAACGCCGUUACCAGUGGCAACGUCUCGGUCACCAUUGAGAAAUAAGCUUGGCGUGGUUUUUAGCCCUAAAGAUUUUGAGUAGUUAAUACCGGAUGAUACUUCAACAGGUCUGAUGUUAAUUAGUAGUACUUUUUGUUAGCUAGUAUAGUCUGAGAUUGCCUUUAAUUUUGUGAACCAUUGUCGUCUGUCCGAGACUACAGUGCAAAUUGCAAGUGUAUAAUAUAAAUACCAAUGCAGCUGAGUUAUCCCAGAGAUAUAUUAUGACACCACGUA